GAUCACAGACGGAGAGGUCCUCCUCUCAGCAUGCAGUCGGAACUUCUGAUUGGGUGGCAGCAGGAGAAGGCGGAGCUUAAACAGGAGGUGUGUCGCCUGCAGGAGGAGUUGGCAGAGAGCCGAGCAGAGAGGGAGGAGCUGGAGUCCAGGAGCAGAGUCCUGAAGGAGCGGCUGGUGCAGUCUGUGUGUCCUCCUCUCGGUGUCUCCCUGCAGCUGGAGGAGGAGCAGAGGGAGGAGAGGAGGAGGGUGAGAGAGGGGAGAGAGAGGGAGGCGCGACAGGCUCUACUCAUCCACCGCCUGCAGAACAAGGUUUUGGAGUACAGAGAUCGAUGUCAACAUUUGGAGCUUCAACUGCAGGACGAACACACACAGCUGACCAACACCGAG